CUGCGUCGUGCGAGUCUCGUGUUUCAGUCAGCGUUCAGCUGCCGGGCCUCGUUCGACGGGUGGUUCGUUCGUUUUCCAUUUGCCUGGUACGCGCCUCGUAAACAAACGUAAACAAGUCGCACGCGUGCGCGUGGCGUGGAUUUUACGGACGCAAUCCGUUAGAUUUUUCUGUCACGGGGAAACUUCACGCACUCCGCGUACGUCGUGAGGUUUCGCGCGAUCGCGGUGUGACCGCAGGGACGCUUCUAUGGAUACGCAGCUUGUUUCACAGCAGUGACACCACCGGGAGAUACAUCGUUCUCAUGGUACACACGAGUAUUUGCCGCAGGACGUGACACAGGACUUGAUUGUGCGUCAAUCGUAGUGGGAUACAGAAUCAGCGCUGUUAUGGAGCCGCAGGAUUGUUAAUUGAUCAUCUGAUUUCAGAGCCGGAGCGGAGAUCGCACGCAGCCAAGAUGGAACGGUGGCUCGUGUAUACGGUGACGCUGCAGAUCUUCGCUGCCAUCGUUCAUGCCACCGAGGAUUUUCGGCACAUCUCGUACGAAGAUUUAGCGUACACCAAUAUGUUUCGACAGGAGGGAGUCACAACUUAUUCUCAGCUGCUUUUCGACGUGGCGCGGCAGCAAGUCGUUGUUGGAGCACGGGAUAAUCUGUACCGCUUGACGUUGACGUCGCUCACGGACCUGGAGCACGCCUCAUGGUCCGCGCCGGAGGACAAGGUUAACACCUGUCAGAAUAAGGGCCAGAGCGUCGAGGAUUGUCGUAAUUACGUCAAAGUGCUGCUCAGCAAUGGCAAGAGCCUCUUCACCUGCGGCACUUACGCCUUCAGCCCAUGGUGCGCGUGGCGAGAGAUCGAGAAUAUAACGAGCGUUACCAGCGAGAUGUCGGGUGUGGCUAUGUGCCCGUACUCACCACAUGCGAAUGUCACGGCUCUUCUAUCAAGAGGUCCCACCGGAGGGCUCUUUGCCGGCGCGCCAACCGACUUCUCCGGAGCUGAUCCUGCGAUCUACAGAACACUGGCAUCCCCGAACCUUCGGACUCGACAGUACGACUCCAAGUGGCUGAACGACCCGCAGUUCGUCGGCAGUUUCGAGACGGAGGAUCACGUGUACUUUCUAUUUCGCGAAUCUGCCGUGGAAUACAUCAACUGCGGCAAGAAAAUAUACUCGCGGAUAGCGAGGGUCUGUAAGAACGACCGGGGUGGACAGAUUAUGAUGAAAGAUGUAUGGACAACCUUCAGCAAGGCCCGUUUAAAUUGCUCUCUUCCCGGCGAAUUUCCAUUCUACUACGACGAGAUCCAAGGUGCAGCUUAUCAUCCGGAAGAGGGAAUCAUUUACGCGACCUUCACGACUCCUAUUAACGGCAUCGCGGGCUCAGCGAUCUGCGCGUACAACAUGUCGGCCAUCGCCGCUAGUUUUAACGGACCUUUCAAGUAUCAGGAAAAUGCGGGUGCCGCCUGGGAAAGGAGACCCGUAUCGCAUCACAAUCGGCAGCGUUGUGGCCCGCUGUCCAACACUGCACCGCAUCAGAUCAUGGACAAUCAGCGGUACCAGCUGAUGGACGAGGCAGUCCAGAGCACAAUGCUGGAGCCAUUACACACCGCAACCCUCGAGCGAUUCACCCACAUCGCGGUGGAUGUGACGCCGACCAAGCUGCAUCGCAGCGUGACUGUCCUCUACGUCGCCACGGCGACCGGACUGAUAAAAAAGAUCUCUGUCUUGCCCAGAACUCAAGAAACUUGCAUUGUCGAGGUUUGGGGACCGCUACCUUCACCACCGAUGACCUUGCAGUUUCUCAAAGACACGCAAAGUCUCUACGUUGGCAUGGAGAUUGGCGUUUUACGCAUACCUGCCGUUCAGUGUUAUCGCCAUCGGAGCCGUCAAGCGUGCCUGAACGCCCAGGAGCCGUAUUGCGGGUGGAACGAGCAUCUCAUGAAGUGCGCGCAGGCACCGAAGCAGAAUUACCUGGCGAAUCAUUGGCAUCAGGAGGUCACCAAGUGCCCGGUGCUUACCGACCCCGUCGACGGAGGCUGGAGCGCCUGGAGCCUCUGGUCUCCCUGCCAGCACGGCAUGGGGGAACAAUCGUCCGGACACGGCCACGUACACUCUCACCCACACAAUGAUAACUCGGAGAAGAGCGACACGUGCCAAUGCCAGACCAGAGAGUGCAACAACCCUCCACCGCAACACGGCGGCGAGACCUGUACGGGUGCACGUGUCAGAGUAACAAAUUGCACCGUCCACGGCGGAUGGACCGCCUGGUCGGCCUGGUCAGCGUGCUCUCAGACUUGCGGUUUCGCGAUGAAGACCCGCCGACGGACUUGCACGAAUCCGGCGCCCGCGUUCGGCGGUCGCGUUUGCGUCGGCCACGACCACGACGAUAUCGUGUGCAUCGAUCUACCGCCCUGUCCCGCCCCUGCGAAAGCCACCCCUCCGCCCCAGAAUGGCCAGUGGUCAAGCUGGGGCCCUUGGCAUGCAUGUUCGCGGCCGUGCAACGGUGGAAUACGCGUUAGAAAAAGAACUUGCGAUUACCCAUCACCAAAGAAGGGUGGCAUUGAAUGUCCCGGUUGCGAUUUUCAGGUCGAAGAAUGUAACACUCACGAAUGUGCUGAGACGAGACGGUACUCCGGAUGGACGCCUUGGCUGGCUGUGAACGCCAGUUUGCAAACUGGUAGCGUGGGUUACGUGGAAAAACGUUUCCGAUUCAGCUGCCGAGCGCAGACGGACGAUCCUUCGAGCGUGCGGGUGCAACUUGCCAAAGAAGAGGAACGUUACUGCAGAAACGACGGAUCUUGCCUAAGAGGAAAGGGAGACGGAUACGCGGAAUCUAUCAAUGAAAACGGCUGGGGCGAAUGGUCCUCUUGGGGCCCGUGUGACCGUCCUUGCGGACGAGGUACCCAGCAUAGGAUGAGGCAAUGCGAGUCGCCGCCUUGUGAAGGCAGCCUUAAUACGCAGAGCAGAAUUUGUAACACGCAUCCAUGUCGUCUGAAUUCUGGCGGCAGCAACGCAGCGGAGGGGCAAUGGUCAUGUUGGACGGAUUGGUCCGAGUGUUCAGCAAGUUGUGGCGUCGGCGUGCGCACGAGGACACGAGAGUGUCUCGGCCCAGAAAGCUGCAGCGGCCCCAGACUGGUCAGAGAAGCCUGUGAGAUGCCCAGCUGCGAAUCGCUGCUUGGCUGGGACACGUGGUCGCACUGGACUUCCUGCGAUGGCGAUCAUCAGCAGCAUCGGAAGCGAACGUGUCUCCAACAUGGUCUCGGCAUGUGUCAGGGACCAACUCGUGAAACACGCGAUUGCCUUCCAGAUUGCAUGGACAACGAUGUGAAUGCGUUGCCUUCGAGCAUAGAGAAUACAGGCGUUACGGUAGGCGCGGUAGUGGGUAGCUGCGUAAUCGGUUUUCUCAUCGGCCUGGCCUUAACCGUGAUGCUGUGCUUCUGCUACUUGAAGCGGCGCAAGCCACGCAUACCGGGCAGUCCACAUUACAUUAGCAAACAGAAUCCUUACGUCACUGUACCAUUGAAAGAGGUGAACGCGAAGCGGCAGCCUAGCUUCUCAGGCAGUACCAACGGAAACGGGACUCUGCGUGGCAAGAGCAACCCGAACGUCAACGGUCUCGGCAGUCCUAAACUGUACCCGAAGAGUCUCGACUACGAAUCCGCUACUGCGACCCUGAAGCGUAACAGUCACGGCCAGCAGCAUAUUCGUGCUGACCUCGAUCAGGACAAAUACUACUGAACGAUCUCCAAACUUGGCGUGGAACCGUGCGUCAGUUUCUUUUGGUGAUCUGUGCUCUGACCUGUCCAAUCACGAGGUCUUGAAGUGAUUUGUCAGUACAGCAAAGUGUACGUAACAUUGUUGAAGACUAACUCAUUCCACGCAUUUGGCAGCUGCAUACACGUACGUUAUCGAUCGAUUAGCGACAGUGAAUCGCGACACUAGAAUGGCGUGUGGGAAACUCGAAGAGGGACUUCCAGUUUACGGGAAGAGCGAUAGUGCCUUGCAAGCGAAAAAUUGUGUGCAACAAUGUAAUGUCCGCAAGAAAGAAGAGCUGGCUUGAGAGAGGUACCUACUUAAUUAAAGUAAAGCGCGAUAUCUUCGACGUGGAAGCAAUACGUGUGCGAUCGAUCAAACGAGCCUCCGCUCGGAACGUUGCACGUUCUUAGUAUUAAGUAAGCGAUGUACGCAUUCUCCGGCACGCUCGAGAUAACGAUGACGCUGCGAUUGACGACGCAACUGCGUUGACGAUGUUGCUCAACAUGGAAUGACCAAAAUUCGAUGCACGCCUCGGUGCGAACACUGCGCGAUGGUUUUUUCCCUCACCCAAUUGUUGAUUCUUAAAAUAUACACAAGCGCUUUCGCGAUCGAGUGACGCGUCGUUCAUCAAAGCGUUUUAAUAACUCAGCGUGCACCGUGAGAAAGCCGUUGUUUCGAGGAAGUUUAUAAGAGUUUAUUUUUUGUUUCUGUACAUAUCUGUGGAAAAUGGGGAGGUAGGGAGUGCGAACGGGCGAAAUUAUCGACAAUUAAUCCCGCUCACGCCUGGGCAUUCGACUUUAUCCAUCUGUAUAAAGUUUCACGAUUUUUCAUCCGUAUGUAUUUUCAUAGAUCGUAUAUAUAUCUCGUAUAUCUGUUAAGAUUAUCUGUGCGUGCGAGACGGCAAAUGAGAAAAAAUAAAGAAAUGAACAAGAAAGCAUAGUCUGUUGAGAGUGCAAUUACAUGCAGACACGUCCGGCCUGUCGAGAGUCGAUUGAUUGAGUAUAGUCAUUGUACAAAUGGGAAAUGUGUUAUAUAGAUACAUGUCUCGGAGAGAAAGUGUUCGUCUCUUUUCGUUUUUUUUUUUAUUCAUAGGAGAAACAUCGAAUUUUUAUACCGACGUAACGUAGUGCCAUGAUACGGAGUUGUACAUAAAAAUGCGUCUUCUUAAAUGUAGCUUUACGAUGAUGGAGCGGAUGCGUAUAUUAUGUAACAAAUGUGUGACGAUAAACGCAUACACACACACACAUGUUGCGCGACUAUUGCGUUUAUAUUGGCUCACAUUGAGUCGCGCUCGCGAAUCACGUUCAUGCAUGCGACCUGGAGCAAUUCGUCUCUUUGCUUACCGCGUCUAUACAAUAAAUCGAAAUGUACUUCGUAGGAUCCUAUGUCUAAGGAACCUAUGUCUUCCAAAAUGAUGAGUUUAAACAAUUUACUUGUGUUAAAAUUAACUUCUACAUAAAAGCUUGUGCAAUUUGCUAGAAAGAAUGUAAGAUGAUGUGCGUGAGAAUGUAAGAACGCAAAAAAUCAACGAACAUAAUUCUAUAAAAUUGUAUGUCCGUGUGAUUCUCUGAUAUGUAGGACGAAGUUCUUAUCUAAAGUUCUUAUCUAAAGUCGCGUGUACACGCGAAUAAUAAUUAAUGUAUCCGAUCCAUUUAUCUCUCCCCCACCCUCGUGCACUUGUUUGCAAUAAAGACAAUAUUCUUUUUUUAUUAA